AAAAACGUCAUUCAUUCAUAAAACCGGUACAGCAUUGCAAGAGUAACCGCUUCGCAGUGAACACGUCCGUUCAAAUUUCAGUGAUACUUAAGUGAAUUCAAAAUGAGUGGGAAUUUCCUCACGAUACCCAACGAUGCCUCCAUACAGCGGCGCUCCAGGAGUUCAUCGCUCACAGACCUCAUUUCGGCGUUCGACACAAAGGCCCAGGCUCACAGCGAUUUACAGAAAAUAACGGCUUUCAGUGGACAAUUUGACAAGAGCCACAAACCCACAUUCUCAAAGGACGAGUAUGGCAAACCGAUACCCGGAUCAAAAACGGAAUUCCGAGGAGCAGAAGCCCAGGCAAGAGUAUGCACAGAGAUGAAGGAGCUAUGUGAAAUCAUCAAUGAAUACGGAAAAUCUCCCUGCAAGAGUCUAUUACCCCCUGAACUGCAGGGUGCCACAAAAGUAAUAUCCUUCGGAGAACUGUUCACGAUAUACACAGUUAUAUCAGAUAAAUUAGUUGGCCUGUUACUAAGAACACGAAAACAUCAUUUAACGUACUUUGAAGGAGAGGUGUUAUUCCAAAAACGUGAUGACGACGUUCCCAUCUUCCUCAUUCAACCCAUCGCGGACAUCAGAGCGUACUGUGACAACAAGGCAUUACAGGCGCGACGAUCAGUGUCGCCCAUGCCUAACUAACUUGUCUAGACGCACCUUUAUAAUGCACACAAGGGCCCAUGUAUAUACCCCCUUUAUAAUGUAGGUACUGCAAUAGAUUUCAACAAAAUAGGCAGUGGAUUGUACGUUGAUCGUGAAUGUUUCACAAUAUUUUUACUCCACAAUUCUAAGAUAGUUUUACCUGUUAAACUACCUGAAAUUGCAAUGUAAUCUUACUCUUUUGCCAUAUUUUGUGCCCAUUGAGCCCCGAGCGGCCCGAUCGGGCCACGACACAAUAGAUUUUCUAUUGUGUCUGUGAUUCCGGGGGCUGAGUUAUUAGUAUGUAAAUUUACCGCCUAUUUUGUAGGAAUUCUAUUAAUUUAUUAAAAUAUGAUGUUUUAAUAUUAAAAACCGACUAAUAAUCUUAAAAGUGUUCAGAUAAGAUGAUAUUUGUGUAUGACCCUCAAAUAUCAUUUUAUUUGUGAGUAGGUAGGUAUUUUAGUUAUAGUUAAUUAUUUUCUAGAAACGUUUAUACAUUUUUAGUAAAUAUAGAAAUCAAAAUGAAACAAGCUUUGUUGAUAAAAGAUCAAACAAUCUUUUUCGUUAAAUAACAUUUAAAAGAGAAAGUUAAUCCUUUUUGAAAUACUGAAAAUAUAAUAUUUCGACAUCUUUUUAAAGUAAUUUUAAGUGAAGGCACUUCUAAAUUAUUAAAAUUACAUCUCAAAGUAACUUUAUCUUCGACUUGACCCAUUGGAAUGGAUAAUUAAAUGGUUAAUUUAUUAGUUUAAAUGAUUUAUUUAGUUUAAAUUUCAUGGUUUAACGCCUAUUAUAAUAAAUCACAGUAAUGAAUACAGUUACAAUCUUACUUAAGAUUAUGAAAUGUAAGAAACAAUUCAGUUAUUGUAAUAUACUAUUUCACCUAAUUAAUUUAAAUAUAUUUUCUCAAAGGUGCUCAUUAGAGAUGACAAUUGCAUCAAAAAUUCAACAGGAAAGUUCACUUCUAAACUCAAAGUACGUUUACAUAUUUACAUGUUUGCGAAUCUUGUGUGUAACUUUCAAUAUCUCAUCAAUGCCUCUUUCUCGCCUUAUUAAGAACUUUUGUGCACUUUUAUAGAGUUUGAAACAAAUGUGGUGCCAUCAUAUCGAUAUCUUAUCGACAGCUUUGUAAACAAGUUUUACGCCUUGAAUAAUGUGUUAUGUUUAUUUUGCAGAAAAGAGAGAUCAUUGUAAGAUAUUAACAAUAUUAGGUACAAUUUGAUCUUGCAGAGGAACACCUUAUGCUGCAAUUACAUUAAACGAGCAUAGAGCUAGAGUUGUUCAGUAUAAGAAAAUUACAUAGAAUCUUUUCGAACGCUCUAAGAACAGCGAAAGAAUGCUCUACGCCUGUUUACAUUAAAAGAAUUUGAAGUAGUUAGGGCUAGAAUGAGCAUUCGCUCGUUUGAUGUAAAUGCACCGUAACAUUGAAAUCAAUAUUUGAGUAUGUUGAUUAAAAAAUAAACCUCAAUUAACAUUAAGAUAAUUGAAACAGAUGUUUUUCAUCACUCAUUAGUGGGUGUAUUAUUUUACUUUAAAUAUGCCAAACGAUAAAUGUUGUGCCAAAUUACUACUAUGUGUAUGUACUAUGUAUUUAUGUGACUCUUGCGAUGUUUAAACGUUGUCUAAAAUAGUCACUAAGUAAUAGACAUAUUAUAAUAUGAAAUCUGUUAAUUUGUUACGAAUCAAUACAUAAUUGCAAAAGUCAAAUGGUUAUUGUUAAUUUAUUAAUAAAGACAACAAAAACAAGUAAGAUAACUUUUGCUAGGUAUAUAACUUGCACUAAUCUAACUGGAAACAUUAUUAAUAGUCUUGGGACUAAAAAUUACAAUUGUUUGGACGCGUCAUUUCAUUAAAUUCCAAUAAAUAAUAAAGGAUUGUUAUGAAUAUAAGUUUUACAUAUUAGGUACAUGAAAUUAUUAGCAAGAAAGAGUCUUAAUAAUUUCUUAUUUUUCAGAAGAAAAUUAAAUUUAGAAAUUUACCUACGUAUAUUAUUAAUAAUGUUAAACAAAGGCAUACAAAUAGCAUAAAAUAGUUUUGUUUAAGAAUCUAGUCAAUUAAAAUAAUUAGACUAUUUACUAUAUAAGUGCAAUAUAUGCGAGAAUGUUUGUAUGGUUUAUGUGUAAGUAAUAAAAUAUUAAUAAGAGGA